GCGCCUUGAAAAUUGACUGGAGGGUUUUGUCGCUGCUCGGAUAUGUCCGUCGCCGAAAUGUUCAGCUACAUUCAGGGCUUCCUGAGCGCCGACCAGGACGUCAGAGAGGAUAUCCGAAAGGUGGUUCAGAAUUUGGAGCAGACUGCCAGAGAAAUACUAACGGUACUCCAAAGUGUCCACCAACCAUCUGGAUUCAAAGAAAUCCCCAGUAAAUGUGCAAAGGCACGGGAGUUGUUCUGCACGGUGAGGACACAAAUAGCUGAUCUGAAGACCAGAUUUCCUGUGGAGCAGUAUUACAGGUUCCACGAGCACUGGCGGUUCGUUCUGCAGCGUUUGGCUUUCCUCGCAGCCUUCGUCGUCUACCUGGAAAGUGAAGCUCUUGUCACUCGGGAGGAGGUGGCACAAAUACUUGGGAUUGAGGUUGUGCGAGAGAAGGGCUUCCACCUGGAUGUGGAGGAUUACCUGGCAGGUGUUCUGAUCAUGGCAAGUGAGCUGUCGCGGUUGGCUGUGAACAGUGUCACAGCAGGAGACUACAGCCGGCCGCUCCGCAUCUCCAACUUCAUCAACGAGCUGGACUCGGGUUUCCGUCUGCUCAACCUGAAGAACGACCCGCUGAGGAAGCGCUACGACGGUCUCAAGUACGACGUGAAGAAGAUCGAGGAGGUGGUUUAUGACCUGUCCAUCCGUGGUCUGGCCAAGGAGCCAGAGUCCGGUGGAGAAAAGUAGCUUGUGGAGAACCUGAUUGGCUGUGGGGGCGGAGAAGGGGGGCGUGGCCUCCGCCUCCUGCUGGAACUUCUGUAUGGCUGCUGCAGAUUGAAGACCUUCCCUCACCUGGAAGACGAGACCUCGGGAUCCAGCUGAGGUCCCAGCAGCCAAAACUGGAGUUUGUGUUUGUGCCAACGGUAAAUAUCGGUCUGUCAGCAGAGAUGGUGAAACGUCUUCAUCCUUAUUCAGAAACUCAACUCCGAAGGUUCGAUUUCUUCCUGGAUUUGAGAACGUGUCUGAGCUUCGUGUGGUUCCUGUCGUGUUGUUUUUAUUCAUGUUCAGCUGGACGUCCAACAGACUGCUGGUCAUCGAGUACCAGUUCGUUCAUCCAGGAAGACAUCGAUUGCUGUCUUUCUGUAAAGCUUUUGUUUGCUGUUCGUUUUUUUUAUUGUUUUUGCAGAAAUGUACAAAAAGUUUCAGUGUUUAUCAGAUGAUUUGAUACUUGGUGGUUUUGUACGUCUUCGGACUAAAGUAUUGUUUCAAAGACAUCCCAGCUAAGAUCCAGGAGUCUUUAUGAAGAGCGUUUUUGAUGCAAAGACUAGAGAGGGAUGGAAAACAGCAAAUCUUUUAACAACAUUUGAUUUUGAUUAUUAUAAAUGACACUCUUGGAGCAAACGAGCCAAAGAAAUGACAUUGAUGCACUUCACCUGACAGUAAACCUGUGCGAGUCCUUCUACAGUCGGGAACUGUUCAAACUGUGCCGACGAUCGUCUGUUGAGCCAUUUCAUACUUUAGCUCGUGUGGAAGUGGCGGCGUCCUCGGGACCCCCACGUGUUUACGAUACAUGUUAUUUCUUUCAACUAACGUAAAGUCUUAAAGGUUCGUUUUUUUUUCUGGAAACAUCUUUUGUUUUUGUUCCAUGUUUUGAUUUUAUUCCUCCGAGUGAAAUCCCUGCGCUUGUUUAUUCCAGUUCUGAGGUCCGAUGGCUCCUUGCUCAGUUUGUGAUGUAACAUUAAAAACAUUG